AGUAAGUGUCUAAGAGUGAUGUGUGCUCUGUGGUAGCAAAACAAACUGCAUAAAGAGUAUAUAUCACAAACUAAACAUACAUCAUUUACUAAUUGGGUCUGUCUUACAGAUGGAGGAGGAGAAGUAGAGUUAUUAAGUGUAGCAAAAAAGGAACUAAAGAAUCAGUCUGCCAGUGUUUGGGUUCAAGUGGUUUCCUGCCCAUUUGCCAACAUGACUGUUCAACUGAGCUUUCUUCUCCUCUUCGCUGGACUAAAAGGAAUCCACAGCAUAACUACAGUCAGUAAAGUGUCAGUGAGAGCUGGAGGUUCCAUCACUAUCCCUUGUCUCUAUGAGUCAAAGUACAGCAACCAUGUGAAAUACUUGUGUAAAGGAUCUACUUGGGACUUCUGUUCUUAUGAAGUUACAACAAACAAACCAAGCAGUUCAGGAAAGUUUUCAAUCUCUGAUGACAGAAGACAAAGAGUCUUCACUGUGACUAUAAAUGAUCUGACUGAAGAGGACACUGGUUAUUACUGGUGUGUUGUGGAGAUUGAUGAUGGAGCAGAUCUCAAAGAGUAUUUCCACCUGUCAGUCACUGCAGUCUCUACGUGGAUCAGCAAGAAAAGGAAGUGGUGCAGGCUCGGCGGCUCCUGUGUGACAAAGUCUGGAUCAAUAGAUGGAACAAGAGUCGAGAUCAGUGCACGCAACCCUGGUGUUCUCACUGUGACUCUGAGCGGACUGAGGACAGAGAGCAGCGGCUGGUAUCGGUGUGUUAAAGGAGACUUACAGAUGCCAGUGCACAUAACUCUUACUGAGAAACCGACAACUAGAGUAAUAGCUCAGGGUGGGCACACAAGUCCUUAUGAACAUUUUAAGAACUUUGGUAUCCGCGUGGCUGUGGUAAUCUUCGUUGUUAUGGUGACCGUGUUCAUCUGGUGUAUAUACAAAAGAUACCAGCAGAUAAAAGUAGAAUCAUCAGCCACAACGGUAACAUAUGUGGAUUCAUUUCCCAAUGUGACUGUUCCCUGAUAGGCCUUCUGGUUUGGAAGUAAAGAGAAGGUCAUGUUACAUUGUUUAUGUUUACUAUGGUUUCAUACUGUACAUUUCUGUUGUUAAGAAGAUACAGUAAAAACGAUUUGUUAAUUUAAUCUAACAACAUCUCAUCUGUAAAUGACGUUCUUUUUUCUCCAACACAGGCUGAAGAGGAAGUAAGAUAUGUGAGAACAUCUUCAGGCAAGGUUGAAGCAGAAGAUGUAACAAACAGCAACAUGGCUAGUUCCAGGAAACUUGAGAAUAUUACCCCUACCCUUGAUUCACUGGAACUUCU